CAAGCAGCAAGAGCAGACUCUCUGGAAUACGAACCACAACAAAACAUAUGCCCUGUUUAAUCAAGGCAACACUGGCAGAGUUGGAGCAAAUCAGCAUGGAGAGAGAUGACAAAAAGACAAACAAGAGUCUUGUAAAGGACCUACUGUGCCGACUGCAGUGCAGGCUCUGCUAUACACCCAGUGCUGAAAAAUUAAACUCAGAGGACACACUGCUUUGGGCUCAGUCACUGGAAAGACUUCUUCAAUCAAAAUAUGGUAUGGCGGUGUUUCGGGCUUUUCUGAAAUCUGAAUUCAGUGAUGAAAACAUUGACUUCUGGCUCACAUGUGAGAACUACAAGAAAAUAAAGUCUUCUGAAAAAAUGAAGUCCGAGGCAAAGAAAAUUUAUGAGCUGUACAUUCAGGCAGAGGCCCCGAAGGAGGUUAAUAUUGACCACCAGACACGGGAACUAAUCAGGGGACAGAUGAAGACUCCCUCCACACUCUGCUUUGAUGAAGCCCAGAAUAUCGUAUACAGGUUGAUGGAGCGGGACUCUUACCCCAGGUUUUUGAGGUCCAACAUUUAUAAGACACUGCUGGAUUCUGCUCCUGGCUCCAUCAAGGUGUGAUGGAAAAGAGCUGAGACAAAAAACGGGCACUUAGAUAUUAAGGAUUUCUAAUCCUAGCCCACGGAUUGCUGUAUGAGCAUAGAGCCAUGAAGAAGGGUCACCUCGCUGUGAGGACUGAAAGUGUUUAUGUUCUCAACAACAGUCUGCACUCCAAACCUUCCCAAAAGGCAAACGAAGGUGCAAUAGCCAAAGGAUGGCUACAAAACUAUAGGAGUACAAAGGUGAACAGUGCUUCUAUCAGGCUGAAUGAAUGAAAAAUCAAGGACUGUAAGGCCACAUACACUAUUCAGAAACUCACUACUAAGACCACACAUGUUCUCUAAGCAGACAAAGCCUUAGAUGCUAUAUCAUUCAUAGAAGGUGUCUGAUGUAGUGGUGGCCAAGCUGGCAUGGCAAGCUGUGGGAGUGAACAAACCUGGGCCAGUGGUGUACUAUCCAAAUCAAGCCCAUUUUAUAUGCCACAUCUAUAUCAGAGCUAUCUAAAGACAAACCAUUUGACACAAAGUUUGUCAAAAGUGCAAAAAUCGAUUUCUUAAAAGGUCAGAAAAUUUUUCAUUGUUCAUUUGAAAUAAAAUAGUGAAUUUAUUAAGUGGUUACACUACUACAUCAGACCAGAAUGCUCGGCUGUGAUGCAAAGGAUAAGCUAAAGGAUACUGAACUUCUCAGAUCUAAAUCCCAUUAAUACUGAGAAUAUAUUUUACAUGAACAGGGAAAAAUCACUGCAAAUCAAUAGCAUAUUUUACUGUACUUAUUUCUGAACUGCGUGUAUUAUGUUUUAUUUAUUAUCCAG